CUUUAAUUAAGUCAGCGUGCGCAUCUGUUUACUUUCGUCGGCGGACAAACUUUUCUCGCGUUUUCGACCGCUUUUCGGCCAAUUUCAACGAUGGCCAGCGGGAGCGAUGAGCCUGCCUGUGUCCAGCUAUGAGGACUUGCUAGCACGUGUGCGUGACCUCACCCUGGAGACCAGGCGGCUGCAGGAGCAACUAGAAGAGCCAGCAACGUCUGUGGAAUCGUGUCAGCCUCCAAAACCACCAAUUCAAAAUGAGCGGGUGAGCAACGGCUCGAGAGGUGGUGACUCACGGUCGGGGGUGAGAAACAGCUGGCCCGCCGCGCCACCCCCGCGCUCCCUGCCGCUGCUGCCCACCACCACGGCCGCAGCAAGAGUGCUGCUGGGAGGAGACUCGAGGUCGUCUUCGAACAACUACACCGCCUGGGACUCGCCUUGGGCCAAUGGCCGCCCCCGGAGGAGUAAGGGGCGCCGCUCCCCUCAGCUGCUGGGCGACUCUUUGAUCACUCCGCCUGCCAAAGACGAUGAAAUGGAGCACCUCAAGCAUAACUCGCAGGCUGUUAAGGCCGAACAGGAUGGGCUCAUGAAUGGCCACCUGACCGUAAACGGAGCACAAUCCCACCAGUCUUCCUCUAGCUUAGAAGACGAUACUCCAGAUUUACCCUCUGGAGACGCUACAAGCAUGUCCUCCAUGUACCAUGGUGCUUGGCCUGUGGACCGCAGCCUCUGGCACAGCGGCCCCUCCAGUCUGGGGGGCGUCCCUGCAGAUGCGGCCAGCGUCAUGAGCUUCACCUCCAGCGUUGGCUCGCCGGCCUCAUCGGAGCCAGGAGCCUCCGUAGGUGCCAGAAGGUCCUACAGUCAACAAACCCUCGGACCGAAGGUUGAAAUGGUUUAUGGACUUUUAUCGAUGCUCGGAACGCACAACAAAGACGAGAUGAGCCGGACUUUGUUGGCGAUGAGCUCAUCUGCCGACAGCUGCAUCGCCAUGAGGCAGUCUGGCUGUCUACCUUUGUUGGUGCAACUCUUGCAUGGGGAUGAGAAUCCCCAAACGAGGAAGGUUGCUGCCAAGGCCCUUCACAAUCUGGUUCACUCCCACCCAGACGACAAACGAGGCCGCAGGGAAGCUAGGGUGCUGAGACUCUUGGAGCAGGUUCGCGAUUAUUGCGAUUUGCUGCCAACACAAGAGGUUUUAGACAUGAUGGGUGAUGAAGAGGACGACCCUAAAAAACACCCUGGACCUACUGUGGCUAACUUAAUGAAGCUGUCCUUUGACGAAGAGCACAGACACGCAAUGUGUCAGUUAGGCGGGCUGCAUGCUUUGGCUCAGCUGAUUCAAGCAGACCACGAAGCCCACGGAUCUGAAAGCAACGACCAGUACUGCAUUACCUUGAGGAGGUAUGCAGGAAUGGCCCUCACUAAUCUCACCUUUGGAGACGGCACCAACAAGGCCCUGCUGUGCUCCUUCAGGGGCUUCAUGAAGGCCCUUGUUGCUCAGCUCACUUCGCCAAGUGAGGACCUGAGACAAGUGACUGCAAGUGUUUUACGGAACCUCAGUUGGAGAGCAGAUGCUGCCUCGAAAGCCACUCUUCGAGAGGUCGGAGCAGUUAGAGGACUGAUGGAAGCUUCCAUGGAAGCCAAAAAGGAAUCUACCCUUAAAUCUAUUUUGUCAGCUUUGUGGAACUUGAGUGCUCACUGCAGCACAAAUAAGGCUGAGAUUUGCCAAGUCGAGGGCGCCUUGGCAUUUUUGGUUCAAAUGCUUACUUACAAGAGUCCCUCACAAACUUUGUCCAUUGUCGAGAAUUCGGGUGGCAUUCUUAGGAACAUUUCUAGUCACGUAGCCAUUCGAGAAGAUUACAGAGCCAUCCUCAGGGCACACGGAUGCCUCCAGGUGUUGCUUCAGCAGCUGAAAAGUCCUUCUUUGACAGUUGUGAGCAAUGCCUGCGGGACGCUAUGGAACCUUUCAGCCAGGUGCCCUGAGGACCAGCGGGCUCUUUGGGACAUGGGUGCUGUCAGCAUGCUGAAGAGUUUGGUCAACUCUAAACACAAGAUGAUCUCCAUGGGUUCAAGUGCAGCCCUGAAAAAUCUGCUCGGUGCCAGACCGCCAGGUGCUUCCCCCCUAGAACACCGCAACAGCCAAGGAAUGCCUGUGCUUUCCGUCAGAAAGCAGCGGGCGCUCGAACAGCAGCUCGACCACAAUUUGUCAGAGACGUGUGACAAUAUUGAACCCACCAGCCCCAACAGAACAUCUCCGUCAACAAGGGAUGACAAAUAUGUUUUUGCCAACACUGAACGAACGUUUGACAGACGGCAUAGGAUGUACCAGUCGUUGAACACUGGUACCUCAAAUGGCAGGAAGGUUCCACGCUCUGAUAGCAGGGAAUCGGUGAAAAGUGAUUCUGUGUGUGAUCGGGUGAAGCAGCAGAAGAGGCCUCUAACAACCAACAGAAGUCUUGACUUGCAGCUUAAUCAAGAUAUCUGUGUCAGACACAGCCCACCUGCUACAGGAACACAAAGCGAAGGGGCGUCACCGGAGGACGAGGAGCCCGUGUCACUCAAAGAGCAGGUCUCUGUUGACGACAAGGAGAAAAGCCCUGAGGUUCGACCACCGCAAUAUCAAAAUUAUGUUUAUGAGGAGGACGAGGACUACCAGCCAGUAAACUACAGUUUGCAAUACGCUGAAAAAAAUGUGGAUGUAGCAAGGAGAUUUGCUGGCAGAAAUUAUGGUACUUAUGCAGAGACUGACCUAGAUAACCCAGAUCAACCAACAAACUACAGCCUUAGGUAUGGCGAAGAGGAAGAGGAGGAAGAGAAACCAUCCCCAGGAGCUUACUAUCAACACUCGGCUGCUCAUGAGGAUUCUGUCAAAACUUAUUACACGGAAGGCACACCCCUGAAUUUCUCCACAGCUACUUCCAUUUCAGACUUGCGAGAAGCCAUUAGAAAGGAAGAAAAGAAGGAAGAAAUUAAAAAGGAGGUUGUGGAAGUUGACGAAACAGACUCACUGCCUGCACCAUCAGGCACCAUGUCUCCUGAGAAGCCCACUCAGUACUGCGUAGAAGAUACACCAGUUUGCUUCUCAAGAGUGAGCUCUCUCAGUUCCCUGCACUGUUCCGAAGGCGUCCCAGAAAGUGUCAACGAAGUUCAGCCUGAGGAACCCAAGGCGCCAGAGCCAGAGGAAGCCUCUCCACCCAAAAACAUACCUGAUAAGACCCUUGAGACGCCUCUGGUCUUUUCAAGGUGCAGUUCUGUGGCUUCACUUACCUCAUUUGAGCAGCAUUCGAUUCACGACGAUCGAAGCUCAAUUGUCAGCGACUUCAGCCGGCUCACUUCAGGAAUGGUGUCUCCAUCUGAGUUGCCAGACUCGCCAACUCAAACGCAGCCUCCAAGUCCAAGGGCACCCAAGGCUCCAGUGCAGAUUGUGACGUCAACCCCGAGGGCAGCGCCCAGAGCUGGUCCUUCUCAGCCGCAACCUUCUCCUCGCACAAAGGUCACUGAAGGUGAAGGUGAUGAUGAGAAGCAGGACAAAGAAAAGGAACUAGCAACAGUUAGUGAGGAAGAAGAGGUGGGUGACGAGGAUGACAGUGGACUACUGGAUGCUUGCAUCUCAAGUGGCCAACAGCGUCUUCGAGCUUCAGCUCCAAGGCCCCGCUUCUUGAGACCAAGGCCCAGUGGCAUCCCAACUCGCAUUCCUCGUCGCCUACCCAGACUUCAACCUGCACCCAAUGACGCUUGUGCUGAUGCUGUGCAAACCUUCUGCACUGAAGACACUCCAGCCAUCAGCCACGCCGGGUCACACUCUGACCUCUCAGUUCUUUCACUCCGUGAAAGUGCUGAGGGUGAUUCUGUAGGUGAUGAGCGCCCGAAAAACGCAAGUACCCGUGAAGAGUCUGACGAUAGCUCUUUCUCUGGAGACAAUGAGCACAUUUUGGCCGAGUGUAUUCAGUCAGGAAUGCCCAAGGCCAAAGACACAGUCAAACGUAAACGGCCGCCUCGAGUUUUACCAUCUCGAGACGAGAUCAAAACUUUUGCCGUCGAAGACACUCCAUUCGGACUGUCCACUGCCACUUCCUUGAGUGACCUCACUAUAAAUUCUGCUGCCAGGGUUGUAGACGGACAAUGCUAUACACCAAUAAGAUACGCAACCGAAGACACUCCUGCAAAUUUCUCACACGCAUCCUCCCUCAGUUCACUGAAUGUGGAAGAGGGGGAUGUUCGCAGGCCCCCAGCAGAAGCGUGGGGCAUCAACAAGGCAGCGGCCAGCUCGGCCUCAGAAGAAGUGGUCACCGUAGUCUCCAGAAACGGCUCCCUCAGUUCCCUGAGUGUCGAGUCUCUAGGCGCUGAACCCAGCCCCUCCGAACAAGCCCUUCUAGACCAGUGCAUCAGCAUGGGCAUGAGCAAAAGCAAGAGCGACCUUGCCAGAGCCCAGGCCAGAACCAGCAAUGCCAAAGGUGUUUCCCCAGAUCCUUCCAAAGAACUUGAUUGCACUACCCCUACCAACCCCACCUCCGAUACCUUCUCGGAGGGGGCAAAAAACGUGUGUCCUCCCGCCGUGGUCACCGCUGUUGCCACGGCGGAGGCAGACAUCACCGUUCUCAACGGAGGCGAAACGUCGUCGUCCUCGAGCAAGACGACGCCAGAGGAAGCGGCCCAGCCCCCAAAAGUGAUGACGGACACUUGGACUGAAGACUCACCCCUUUCUGUUUCCUUCCCCAGUCUAAGCGGAAGUGUCCCGCUUGCUUCCUCGCAGGACGAGGCAAAACUUGAGGAAAAAUUCAUCAUCAGUCGAUCAAUGGAGGGCAUGCUUGAGUUAGAGGCUGGACGAGUUGUCAAAGCAAUUGUUGACGAGGCCUCCUCUGAAUCCUUCCUGGAAGUGACACGGCCUCCUCCCAACAUGUUUGGAAGCACAACUUCCACCAGUCUCUCCAACGGAAGCCGCGUACCAGCCGUGGUCCUGAGAGCCCUAAACGGAGAGUCGAUCGACCACCUUCUGCUCAGUGGUUCUUCCAGUUGCACAUCUCACCUAGACAAUGUCAAACCGCCAGCUGCUUUUGACGAAAUUGAUAUGGAAAACAGCAUGAUCAGUGUUGCCAGCAUUACGUCAGAAGUGGCAGGUGAUGCGCACAAAGUAAGCAGUGGCGAGUCGGAAAACUUCUUUGACCUCAUGAAGCCGGCAGCCACCAUGGCUGAAAUCUACUGCAGAGCAGCUUGCGCUGCAGCUAAUUGCCACAGCUUCAGUGAAAAGCUGGACAGCAUCAAUCCUCCUUCCAUUCUCCAGGAACUCACGGAAACGUUGGAACCUUGUAGUGAGACUCUAGGUUCUGACACCGAACCUGAGGACUUGCCUGCUGAUCAGUCAAAUCAGUCAACGCCCAGGCAAAAAAGGAGACCGACUCCUAAGGAGAGGAGGCAGGUUAUGAAGGAGAGGUACAACACCUACACAAUUGACGACGAGGUGUCGGUACGGCCGAGCAAUCUAGAUUUGCAUAAAAGCAGUCGGCAGCGAAGAAUGGAAGAACCUGAAAGGUAUCUCACACAGACCAUCGAAACGCCGACUCAGGUCAAAACGCCAAGGCAGCGGCGUCAGGAUGAUAAGGAAAGGUACUUAACACAAACUGUCCAGCUACUGCCUUCUGAGGAACCUCAAGAGCCUUCCGAGAGCGAAGAAGAAGCCAAACCAAAAAUUGUCAAGCCUUCAGAAGAAGGCAGUCCAAAGAGCAUCAGAGGCCGCAGGAAGGCCCUUUACACUAGGCCUUCAACGGCUGCGGCAAAACCUCCAGUCGUCCCCAAAGCCCCAGCUGGCCCCACCAUCAGACCCACCAGGGCCUCUGCUCUUCGCCAGAGAAGUAGUUCUCCGAGGUCGCACUCUGCUCCCACUCCAAAGAAGAUAAACGUCCCACAGUCUGUGACUCCUGCAGCUUCCAGGACCCCGAAAACCCCGAGUACUCCAAGCACCCCUAAAUCACUGGUGCCCACACCUAAAACCAUCAAGCCUCCUGUUGCUGGGAAAACUAUGGCUAAAGCAGCCCCCAAAGCUCCGAACAAUAGUCCGGACGGAGCGGCCAAAUCGUCUCAACCUCCCAAACUUGUCAAGCAAGGAACUUUCACUAAAGACUCGACGGACACCAAAGUGUCAAAAAUUCCUGUCCGCUCUCCCAGCGCAGACACCAUUACUGCAGCUCCGGCCUUCCGGCCUCAACCUGAGGCCAAAGUGGCCACCAAGAGUCGACUUGUUCGCCGAGACGCAGUUGGUCCCUCGAAGGAAACAAAAGCUCCUCAGCCAAAACCAAGGUCACCCUUGAUGACGAGGAGAAUCGCCGCUGGUGGUUUGAAAACCUCUCUGAGUAACAACAGCAUCCAGUCCGAGGCAGCUGGCGCUCCUCUGAAGGUGAAAACCAAUUCCAACCCGAGUUUGAAUGGCCCGAAGAAAAAAGAGGUCACCUCGAAAAUCGCCUCUUUGUGGAAGAAGGUCGAAGACACUCGAAUUCAGCAAAAGUACGGCGCCAAGUUUGGCCCAAAGGACACUCGAGUGUGGAUCACGCCGGACGCCGGCUCGGAGGACGCCCCGGUGCAAGGGACGUCGCAGGGAAACCUGAAGGCCCCCGCCCGCAGCACCACUUUUGAAAAGCCAGCCGCGGGCCGUCUGUCCAUCUUCAAUGGGGGGCCUUCAGCCUCGAAAGCGGCCAUAGUGCAGCCGUUCAACUACAGCCCGCCACCCCCGGCCUCGGGGAGCAAAGAGGAAGCGGCCGCAGCAUCGGCCGGCUCCGUGCGGGUCACCUCAGUGUGAGCCAUUCCGCAGCGACUGACUGUACAUAGAUAGAUACAUAAUUGCAGCUAUAUUCUACUUUUUUGUUCCGUAUUUCUGGCAGUUUUAGGAAGCAAAAAUCUAUUAUUUUGAAAUCUGUUACAUUCUGUGAUUUUUGAUUAGUAAAUAAUUAUAAAAUGAUAAUUAAUAUGCAGCUCUUAACAUCACUUCUUUUCUCAGCCAUAUUUCGUAAAGGUGUAGAAAGCCGUGCUAUUUUACAUAACUAUGUACUGUGCGUAGGAGGAGAAAUUUAAAUUUCCUCUUUUUUCAUCACAACCUCCAAUGAGGCCAUUUCCGCUUAAGAUUUAUUUUAUUCUCUCAUGUUCCUAUUUAUUUUUUUGAACUUCUUCUCAUCAGGCGACUCUCAGCCUUAUCGAUAAUGAUGUUUACUGCUACGAAUGCAAUUAUCACUUGUAUAUGCAAAUAGUGAUGGUAUAAUAAAAUCCAACUUGCAUUAUUCAUG